AACUCGACGGGCAGUCGCUACCGGCAGCUCGGCAGCGAUCGUCGCACUCGCAGUUGCUCUCCGUCACAGUCUCCGUCACAGUCUCAGUCGCAGUCGCAGUCGCAGUCACGGCGAGCUAGUCACAUUCAUCGCCGAUCCGAUCCCAAACAAAACGUCAGCGCGACCCAGAGCGCUUUAUAGACAUCGAACAGAGCGCGGACGAGGCGGUUCGUUCGUGGUUCGCUUGGUCCGCUGCCAUUGGUUCAUGGGCUGCGAGCUGCAGGCGGCGCAGACUGACGGCUGAUGCCCGCAAUUCGCUAAUUUCCCGCGAAGAAGAAAAUCGCCUUUGAACCCGGCCUGAGAAGUCGUGCGCGGGCUUUUCGAAAGUGCGCAGUUUGUGUGACAGCCGAAAAUAAAUAGCAAACAGCCUACAGUGUACAGUGAGUGAGCACUUGGCCCCGAGAUUGGGCGUGAAAUUUGAUUAAUCCGCGCAGAAUCAGAGACAAAUGUGCCAGUGCCAAGUGUCAAGCGAUCGGCUUGGGCCCACGCGAUAAGAGCGCGACUUGAGUAGGACCAGGUCCAGUCGUAACAAUAAUAGAGGAACCCAAAUAGAGUCGGAAUCACAAUGCACACCUUUAAGCGCGGCUUUUUCUGUGCGGACUUGAGCCUCCGGUAUCCCUACAAAGACUGCACGAUCACGGUGCCGAUGCUGCUGCUGAUGAUGCUGCUGCUGCCGAUGCUCUUCGUGGCCGUGGUGGAGGUGAUGCGCAUCUGCAAGCGCUUCCGCACCAGGCUCUAUCUGCGCAACCUUUGGCGCGCGGAGGCCACCUUCAGCUUCGGCUUCAUCGCCACCUACCUGACCACCGAGCUGGCCAAGGAUGCGGUGGGGCGUCUAAGGCCGCACUUCUACCAGGGCUGCCUGCCGAGCCUGAGCGACGGCAGCAGCUGCUCGGAUCCCCAGAACGCCGGCCUCUACGUGGAGCACUUCCACUGCACCAACCGCAACCUCUCGGCGCGCCAAAUCCGAGAGCUGCACGUGAGCUUUCCGAGCGCCCACAGCAGCCUUAGUUUCUACUCGAUGAUGCUCCUGGCCCUCUACGUCCACGGUGUGUGGCGGGGGCGAGGUGGGGUGAGGGUGCUGAGGCAUGUCCUGCAGUUCCUGCUCCUGAUGGCCGCUCUCUGUGUGUCGUUGAGCCGCGUGGCCGACUACUGGCAUCACUGGUCCGAUGUUCUGGCCGGAGCUAUCCUUGGCGCCACCUACGCCACCCUCACCGCCGUCUAUGUGGGAGAUCUACUUCGCCACCGUCCUCGUGGCUCCUCCAGGUGCCCGCCCACGUUGGGCUACACUUCCUGCCAACACAUGCACCACCAUCACCAGCUGAUGGCGGAGAACAACAACUCGGCAGGCUCCGCCAAGGUACACUUCCUGGCCACAGCCGCCUCGGCUUCGAUGACCACCACCACCCCGCUGGACGACAUCCACGACUCUGAGGAAGAGGAUUCCCGGGGCUCCGAGGACUCGCACGAUUCCCACGACUCCCACGACUCUGACGAUUCCCACGACUCCCACAAUGAGGAUGAAGACGUCGACGACGUCUACAAGCGGGUUGCAACGCGCCCCUCCCCGCCUCCCAGCGACCUGGCCCAUGUCGUCUAAGACAGCUGCGGAGCCGCCAAGCUGGAAAGGCGCGCGCAGGAGGGACUAAUCAGGGACUUAUCGGACGGCGGCUGCUAUUUCGACUAUUUUUCCAUUUAGAAAUCGACGCAAACAGAAAUAUGUGAUAAGCGCGCGGCGCACUCUCUACCUGAUAUGCCACUGUCCACCCCUGCUCCCCCUCCUCCUCCUCCUCCAAUGCCGGCGAUUUACGAAAUCCGAGGCGAACGGCGAUCAAUUGUGCAACGCACAGUGGGCCCAGCCCCAAGUUGGGAGAUAUCAUUCGGAGGCAUUUUCAGAGAUGGAUGGAGCCACUGUAUCUUGGCUCUGGCUUCUGGUACAAGCCCCACCCCGCCACCCACUAUCCCGCCUGCCGCAGGCUCCGACUCCAACUGCAGUUUGUUUGUAAACAAUGGCGCAGUCACGUCGCCGCCGCCGCCGCCGCUUUUGAAGUGGGCAGACCGCCAAUGCGGAGCUCGCUGCGCUCCCAAUCAGCUGCGACAAUCUCUUGGCAGCGACGCCGACCGCCGGCCGGACUGCACAGCUUUCUGGCCGAUAAUGCCAUAUAAAUAAUGACGGGGGAGCUUACGGUCCCGGAGAGCACUCGCAUGCGAGGAUGGGAGCGAGGCGCGAGAUUUAUGAACAAAUCAAUUGAGUCGAGUUUAUUAUUAUUACUUGCCUAUGUUAAUUAUGUUUGGCUUAAUCUAAGUGUUUGCUCUGCAGGCUGAUUAAAUAUUUAUUGCCCAAGUGA